AUGAAUCUAGAGUCACCCAUGGCGGAUCCAAUACAUUCCGACUUUAUCGCUGUGCCACCAACUCCAAAGGUAACUGAAAGUACCCAGGGCGAGCAUGAACGCUACUGGGAAGCGUACGUCCAAGUUGAAGACCUCCCAGAGCAUUUUCCACGUAGUGGCAUCGCUCCGACCAAUCUCGAACAGAGUCAAGGCCUCCUCUCAACGGACGUUGACGAGGCACGCAAAGUGUGCGGAUAUAACCGUUUAUCACCGCCCAAGACCGUGCCCGACUACAUCUUGUUCUUGCAGCAGUUUCUUGAUUUGUUCAUGAUACUGUUGACUGCUGCGGGACUAUUAAGUCUCAUCGCCUACUUCAUCGACACAUCAACAAAGCUGAAUCUGUAUUUGUCGCUGGUGCUAUUUGGCAUCGUGAUCGUCACGUGCACCAUCACGUUCUUGCAGGCUCGGUCGACCAGCAAGGUGAUGGAUUCAUUCAAGAACAUGCUCCCGCAACAAUGCGCGGUCGUACGUGACGGCGUGACGCAGACGAUCGCAGCCGAUGAGCUGGUGUUUGGUGACUUGGUGUGGGUACGAAAUGGAGACAAAGUGCCCGCAGACCUGCGGGUUUUACUGUGCAACAACCUUAAGGUAGAGAACUCAUCUCUGACGGGUGAGUCGGAGCUAGUCACCAUCACGUCGAAUGCUCAGGAGGACUCGGUAGCUCACUUAGAGUGCAAGAACGUCGUAUUCAACGGAUCACUGUGCUUUGACGGUUCCGCCCUGGGCCUCGUGCUGACAAUUGGGGAUAAGACUGUCAUUGGUCGUAUAGCAGAACUCGCUACAUCUACCACCUCGCACGAAACGAGCAUGCAGCGGGAAGUGAAGGCAUUCGUUCGCUUCAUUAGUGUUCUUGCUUUAAUAAUGGCUGCCGCUCUAUUUACGGUUGGCACUGUUCGAAAAGGAGGCAAAGAUGUGAUGUCGACGUUCGUGAAUGGUUUCUUGGUAAUUAUUGUGGCAAAUGUGCCUCAGGGUUUACCUGCCACCGUGACGUCAUUGCUGACGAUCACUGCACGUCGAAUGGCAGCGCAGAAUGUGUUUGUGAAGCGUCUGGAUUGUGUGGAGACGAUGGGAUCGAUCUCAUUGAUCGCCUCGGACAAAACUGGCACAUUGACCGAGAAUGUCAUGACUGUGACAGACACAUGGUCUGGACGCAAAUUAACCGCCCAACCAUCCGGAGGCCAAGUAGUAAUUGAGCUGGACGAUAGAACCAAUUACUUGUCAGGAAAGUCUUCAAAAGCUGUUUUGGUACGCGGGGCUGCAUUGUGCAACCGUGCGGCUCCUGAUACAAUGGUCUUGGAAAAUAGUAUGCCAGCUACAGACGUGCAGACGGAUGCCCGACAGUCUGGCGUUAGAAGCUCAGUUAGCCUCUCUCGGCUCAGCAUUCAAAGCAAUAUUUCGGGUCGCGAGCAGCGCAAGGUUGUUGGCAAGCGCCAGUAUACGGGCAAUCCAUCUGACAUCGCACUUCUCCGCUUCGCAGAUUUGAACUAUUCAUCGAAUGCCAUCCGCGAGGAGUACCCUUUGGUAUUUGAAAUUCCAUUUAACUCAACCAACAAGUGGCACUUAGUGAUUGUCCCUACUUCAGGUGAGACGAUCAUGCAACCCAGCUUCGAAGUAUUCAUGAAGGGUGCACCCGAGGUGAUCAUCGAACGAUGCAGCACUAUACUAACAGCAACGGGCGAAGAGAUUCCGCUAACCAGCGAGCUGAUGCAAGAAUUCACCCAAACAUAUGAACUCUUUGGAAGCAAGGGACGUCGCGUACUUGCACUUGCAACACGGCAAUUUGAGUCAUCAAGUGCACAGUUCUCCGUAGACGAAGGCAAUUUUCCGUCUGAGGAUCUGUGCUUUGUUGGUAUGGUUGCGAUUAUGGACCCUCCUCGAAGCGACGUCCCGGAGGCUAUCGCGAAAUGCAAAGACGCUGGUAUCAAGGUCUUCAUGGUCACUGGCGACCAUCCAUUGACGGCCCGUGCCAUCGCGACAGAAAUCGGUCUACUUGAUGACUACGGUCGCGUUCUCGAGUUGUUGACGCCAUCUUUUGCCAGUGGCACCGCAGAAACACUCGUUGAUAUCGACACGUAUGACAGCGCAGUUGUUCACGGCGCUGUUAUCAAUCAUUUGUCGGACGACGAACUCAAGGCUAUUCUACGGUUGAAGUCCGUGGUGUUUGCACGAACGACGCCCCAACAUAAAUUGCAGAUUGUACAAGCUAGCCAGGAACUGGGCGAAUGUGUUUGUGUUACGGGUGAUGGUGUAAAUGACGCACCUGCUCUGAAGCAAGCUGAUGUGGGCGUUGCGAUGGGACAAAACGGCAGCGACGUAGCUCGUCAAGCCGCAGAUAUCAUUUUGAUGGAUGACAAUUUCUCGUCCAUUGUGCGCGGUGUGGAGCAAGGACGUGUGAUCUAUGACAAUCUCAAGAAGACCAUUGCCUACACGCUAACACACCUAUGGCCUGAGAUUAUGCCGGUGGCGAUCAACUUGGCACUCGGGAUGCCUCCAGGUAUGACAUCGCUGCAAAUUUUGAGCAUCGAUCUCGGAACAGAGCUUGGCCCCGCCAUUUCCAUCGCCUACGAAGGUGCGGAACAGGACAUUAUGGAGCGCCCUCCGCGCAAUCUAAGCAAGGAUCGCUUUAUGUCAAAAUCGCUACUGAUCUACACGUAUGUUAUUGCUGGAAUGAUCAAUGCCGGAGGUUGUCUGCUAGCUUACGGUACUGUCUUUUGGCGUCACGGAAUUUCAUUCUCGGACUUGUUCGGAAGUUCGGAUAACCACUGGAAGGCUGAUGCUCAAUUGUUUUGCACCGAGGAUAAGGAGUGCUUUGACGAAACUGAGCAAAUGCAGCUGCUUAACGAAGCAUGCAGUUCGUGGUAUAUUGCGCUGGUUGUAUGCCAAUUUUUUCACAUUUGGGUAGCCAAAACUCGGCGCGCUUCCGUGAUCAAAACCAGCUUGUUCCAAAACACUGUCAUGGUGUAUGGUGGUGCAAUCGAAAUUUUGAUCGUCGUGCUCGUCGUAUACGCUCCUGGAUUUCAGUCUUUCUUCGGGACGGCGGCCGUUGACUAUGUGGCCUGGUUGAUUGGAUGUGGUACGGGAGUAAUCACCUGUGUGUACCAUGAGAGUGUCAAAGCGUUCGCUCGGCGUCAAGUGCCAGGACACGAACACUGGCUCGCUGGUUGGCUAGUAUGGUGA